CUGACCUGGUGAGUUCACUGUCUGUUACACCAAUGGCGGAGCCUUGUUAGCUCGUAGAUACUGUUUACCUCCGGCUGUCUCACAGCAGAGCGGCCCAUGUUAGCUCCGAGACUCUACGGUUAUAGACCUGGCGAGUGAGGAGCUGAUCCCCGACUGACAGCAUUGGAGCAGCCCGGCUAACUCAGCAGCUAAACCAGCAGGACACAGUGGACUUGGAAGCAGUGAGGUGAAGACCUGUGUCAUCGACCAUGGCGGGUGGAAUUACAGAGACUGGGGAACCCUACUCAGCCUUUGUCGGGCUUGUGUUUAUGUUCAACCUGAUCGUGGGCACCGGAGCUCUGACGAUGCCCAAAGCCUUUGCCGCAGCCGGUUGGGUGGUCAGCAUAGCACUCAUCUCCUUUUUAGGAUUCAUGAGCUACAUGACCACCACUUUCGUGAUCGAGGCGAUGGCGGCGGCCAACGCUCAGCUGCGCUGGAAAAGGAGAGAGCAGGAGGAGAUCGCUGACAGCGACUCCACCUCUGAGUAUUCGGACGAUGAUGUUGUGGGUCGAGGUCGAUCAGAGCCGGAGACAAAGCCCAUCUUGUCUGUUCAGAGGUCAGGAGGUCAUGUCGAUCACUUCGACAUUGUGGAGCGGGUGGAGAUGGGCCAAAUGGCGUCCAUGUACUUCAACAAAGUCGGUGUCAACAUGUUCUACAUCUGCAUCAUAGUCUAUCUAUACGGGGACCUGGCCAUCUACGCAGCAGCUGUGCCUAUAUCACUAAUGGAAGUUGCCUGUGGAAACCACUCGUGCAGCGCUGGAAGUGUCAAGUACAACGACACAGACCCAUGCUGGGGCUCCGUCACAAGGAAAGAUGCCUACAGGGUCUUCCUGAGUGUGUUCGCGGUGAUGUUGGGGCCUUUCGCUUUCUUUAACGCUCAGAAGACCAAAUAUCUGCAGAUCCUCACCUCAUUCAUGCGUUGGAUUGCUUUUACCAUGAUGAUUAUAUUGGCUUUAAUCCGCAUUAGCAAAGGCACCGGUGAGGGCCGCCCACCAGUCGCCUCCCUAUCUGGAGUCCCCAACCUGUUCGGGGUGUGUGUCUACUCCUUCAUGUGCCAGCACUCCCUGCCUUCCCUGAUUACGCCCAUCUCUGAAAAGAAACGAGUCGGCGCCCUGGUGUUGGCGGACUACAUCCUCAUCCUGGGCUUCUACAUCCUCCUGUCGUUCACCGCCAUCUUCUGCUUCGACAGCUCACUGCUGUACGACAUGUACACCCUGAAUUUCACAGACAACUGCGAUGUGUUGAAUGUUCCAUGGCUCCGCUACUUCUUGGGCUUAUUCCCAGUCUUCACCAUCAGCACCAACUUCCCAAUCAUUGCCGUCACGCUUAGCAACAACUGGAGGACCCUCUUCCAUCGUGAUGGAGGCACCUACCCCUGGGUGGUGGACCGUGUAGUGUUUCCUCUCAUUACCCUUGUCCCCCCGAUCGUGGUGGCCUUUUGCACCCACAACCUGGAGUCCCUGGUGGGCAUUACAGGAGCCUAUGCUGGCACAGGUAUCCAGUACAUUAUCCCAGCCCUCCUUGUUUAUUAUGGUAGACGCCAUCUGGAGCCCAUGAUGGACAGAAAUGCCAUCAACAAGCACCAGUCUCCCUUCCGCCACGCCUUCUGGGUGUGGUUUGUUUUGCUGUGGGCUGCCUUCUGCCUGAUAUUUGUUACAGCCAACAUCAUCCUGAAUGACACCAAGAAAUGAGAACUCAUCGUUCCAAAAACUUUCAAAAAAACAAACAGUUGGCCAGUUUCUUCGUUCCUGUUCUCAAAGCCUUACUUGCUGUUGGUUGGACAGUGUGCCUUUUUAUGGGACUUUUGUUGCAUAAAUUCAAUGUAAUUUAGAGUAAUUUAUCAAAUUAGUUAAAAGGGACCAAAUGUCACAUGUUUAUGUUCAUUAUAAAAAAUAUAAAAGCUGGAAUAGUACUUGGAAAUAAUAAAAGGGAAUUUAUUCAAAUUACUCUUGUCAACAAACACCUAAAAAAGUCUCGAGAUAUUGCACAAAAAUCAUCAAAAUGGGGUCCAGUAUGCUUCAAACUAAAUUACUCUGGAGCAGUCGCUGUUCACACAUGUAUGAUUUGCAGAAAUGCUCAUGUUUUCACAGGUUGUUGGUGUUGGAAACUUAUAGAAAUUGAAAAUAGUGUAACUGGAACAAGAUGUGUCAGAAACUGUUUAAUUACCCCUUGUUCAAAUCUCCAACCAUAAGAAAGUUAUUGUUGUGGUCCUGAAUGAUCCAGUAGACCUUCAGCGCAGAACAUUCUUAUAAAAAUAUACUAGAGCCAUUCAAAGAGCCGGGUAUCGACCAGAGAAAGGGCCUGUCACAUCCAUGCUCGUGUCCGUUUGCGCAACUGCUUGGCAACAAAAUCAACAGAAGAAGAGAAACGCAUCGGGGAGGAUAAGUCUUUCGUGGCUGCCUUGUUUCCAUUCUUCAGCGUAAGUGGCCUACGUCCUCCUCAUCCCCAUCGUGAACAAUGAAGCCCUGUGCGUGACGGAUCCAGACAGACAGGCCUCAAGGAAGAGCUACAGUUCUGUUUAUCACCAGUAGUUCACACACAGGGCAUGUCCCCCCCCCCCCCCCACACUCAUGACUCUGACAGGCUCGUACUGUAUCUAUCAUGCCGCCCAUCACCUGACAAGUUAAUCGUGAUCUACAGCGCUUCUGCUCUGGCUGUGGGGAAGCCAUCAGUGACCCAAAGUGAAGGCUUCUACUGAGCCCACAAUAACUCUGCAGCUUUAACGCCACUCUCUGUGCUAUACGUCCAAUAACGCUUGGCAGCUUUCUCUGGGUAUUGCCUAUCUUAAUGAACUUGUCUAUUACGCUUACAUUUCCGUCUUUGUCCUGUCCAAUGGUCCUGUCUCUUGGGUUUUCCUUAUUCUGAAAGUACCUCUUAGAGGCCCGGUAUAUAAAACAUAUUUUUAUUGAUUACAAUUUAAUUUUAAUGAGGAAGAGAAAACAUGCAGAUGUUGAAGAAAUGAAAGGCGAGAUGAGAGGUACCAGUAGGAAGUUGUACAUGACCUGUAAAACAAGAACACAAUGGAACAGGAACAAAAGCAGAUAAACAAUGAAAAAAUUCAGGAACCUCUACAGGUAACUAACGGCCGAUUUCGAAAAACUUUACUAUUAUUAAGUAUCCUGAAGGGGGCAGAUUUUAUUACUUAUUCUGCAGCCAGCCACCAGGUGGUAAUUGAGACAUUUUUGAGGAGCUCCAAAGUUUGACCUCUUUAUCUAUGAUGUCUGAUGUCGACAGGACUGAGAACCAAACGCUGUGUAGUCCGCACUCCACAGUGGCGCUAAUGCACCAAUUCAUUUACCAACCAUAAGUAAACCUCCCAAGAAAAAGAUGGACACUGUUACAAAGCUGAGGUUUGCACAAUUACUGUUAGAAAGUCAGAUGGCGAAAUGGCGGCUGAUGCAACGCAACUGCUUUACAUUUGAAGGCUCAGAAAAACACAUCCCUAAUUCUGCUGCUUUCGCUCAUGCUAUUUUCAAUAUGGCUGAUGAUUUCCUGACGUAACCCCUCCCAAGGGACACUGAAAUCAGUGAGUGAGCAGCUGUGUCAUGACCAGUGUCAUCUUUAAGACUUAAGUUUGGUUUAAAUGAGUGGAACCGGUUCCCCUUUGUGACUGAAAGCUCCUGCUGUGUAUGAAUCGACAGUGAACCCUCCUUUCAAAGUCAUUAAGAUAUUUUUCUCUGCCAUUGUGCUACAUGUUGACCAGAUAUAGCCAGCUCAGCUUUUUUUACAGAUGCAUGAGGGGAUUUUAAUUGUUCAACUGUACCUUGCUUGCACUGCAGCUGUAUGGAAGCUUCUGCUUUCGUACUGUUUCUCAACUCGAUCAUCCAGGCUUGACUACAUUUGUCCCCCCGGCUGCAGGAGCGCUGUUUUCUGUGGAAUUUCAGGAGUUCCAAGAUAACAAGGACACUCGUAGAUCGAGACGCCGCUGUUAUAAAUUUUAAAUGUGAUUUUUCAAACACUUUAGCACCGCGUGGGAUGUUCCAUUCACCUCCAGGGUAAACAUGGACAAAUUAACCCAAACUUUCAGCCGUGUCCUGAUUACACUCUUGGUAUAUGAGAAAAUAUUUGAGUUAACUUGCCCUUUAAUUGUUGUUUUAUGGAACUUCACGGAACUUAAUGAUAAUAUACUGAUUCAUACUUUGUGAUUCGAUGAUUUGAAUCCUGAUUCAUACAUUGUCACAGCAAAGCCAAAGCUGUUUGAAAUAAUUUUAUUUGAAAUUUUGCACAAGGAGAGAAAACAUAGCCUCUUUGAUAGAGGUAAGACACAACAUUUUAAAUUAGAAUAAUGCAGAAAAUUCUAUACAGAGAAGAAUAUAAAAUUGUGUGUGUGCGUGCGUGAAUGAGAUAUUGAUGUUAAAUGCGUUUUAGAUGACUCUUGUUUAGAGUUGUGAAAUGUGCCUUUUUUUAACAGGGUUAAAACAAAUAUUUGACUCUGCUGUUUCUUCUUUAUCUUCUUGUGAAAAAGCAGCUUAUGUGAAAACAUGUGCAUGUGAGUCAUUUCAUUAAUCUGACAAUCGGUGUCCACAAAUAUCCCCUGUAAUACUUUUUAUGCUUUUUUUUCUUUCUAGUGAAUAUUUUUUGUGUGACUUGUCAUUUAUACAAAUUUUUGCUCCUUUUGUUUUUACGAUAUGUUGUCCUGCCUGUGACUCUUGCUCAUUUUAUGUGGAUGUUUACAGCUUUAAUUGUUGUUAUAUUUGCUUUAUGUUCAUCUGAACCAAAUGAGCAUUAGAUACUUUUUGUUUUUGUUUUGCUCAUGUGACAUUGAUAACAAUGACUGUCUGAUUGAGUGUAGCGAUCACAUACACCAAUAAAUUGACAUUUAGAAAUUUAAA